AUGGAUAACAACAACAAACAACCUAAACGUUCAAAGAAACGGAGUCACAAUAAAUUAUUACCAAAGACUGUACAAAAAGAAGUGAUGAAUGGUAUUCGUGUUAGUAAUAUUCCAAUAAAGUACACUAUUGAACAAUUUGUUGAUUAUUUUCGUCAUUGUGGAAUUGCAAAAAAGAAAACACCAACUCAAUAUGAUGCAUAUUUCUCUAAUGAGAAUGAAAGUAAUAAAACAAAAGAAGGUGUUCUUUAUUUUUUACAUGAGGAGUCAGUUCAAAAAGCUAUUGAAUAUUAUGAUAAUUCUCAGAUAGAACCAAAAUGUUUCAUUCAGAUUGAAGGUAUUUUUUCACAACCUGAAGAUUCAAAUCCUAACGAAAAAAAAUAUGACCAAACAAGAGAAGAUGAAUGGGAUGAUAACAAAUUAGUUCAUGUAGUUAUCAAAAAUAUGUUUGACUUAAAGAAGCCAAAAGAUGAACAAUUCUUCAAUGAGUUGAAAGAAGAUGUUGAAGAAGAAGUGAAGGCUAAAUGUGGAAGUGUUGAAAAAGUGACUGUGUUUAAUACAAAUCCAGAGGGAAUAGUUAUUAUUAAAUUUAAAGACCAUAGUGCUGCUGAACAAUGUGUUGCCUUAAUGAAUGGUAGAUGGUUUGAUAAACAUCAAUUAAGUUGUGAUUAUUAUGAUGGAUAUACCAAUUACAAAGUAGAAGAAACCGAAGAACAGAAACGAGAAAGAAUAGCACGCUGGGAAGAGUAUUUAGGAGGAAGUGACGAUUAA